AAAAUAUAUCAAAAAAAAUAGAAAAGGACUACACCUUCCUCUCUCUCUUGCUUUCUCUCUCUCUCCCCGUGUGCCUUUUGUUGCUCUUUAAUUAAUAUGACAAAAAAUCUUUCAAACCUGAAGUUGAAAAACCUCGUUUCUGAUGACUCUGGCAGUGAUGACAAAGGUAAAAAGGUCACUAGAAAAAUACAAUUGGACCUUCCGUUAGAGAAAUUGAACCUUGGGCCAAAAAAGAAACUUCUUGUGCUUAAUCUUGGUGGAUUGUUGGUUCAUAGGGUGCAUCGUCGAGACAUGUUCAAUUUCCAAAGCUACAAACCGGACUUGAUUUGUGGAAAUUUUUCAGUUUUCAGGAGACCUUUCUGCGAUCAAUUUUUGAAGUUUUGCCUUGAAAGAUUUGAAGUCGGGCUGUGGUCGUCUACCAUGGAGAGAAACAUGGACGCUAUUUUAGACAACAUCAUGGUUGGGCUUCGAAGAAAGUUGUUAUUUGUAUGGGAUCAACAAAAAUGUAUUGACAGUGGCUUUAAGUGCUUGGAGAAAAAGGAGAAGCCCAUUUUCUUGAAGCCAAUGAACAAAAUAUGGGAAAACAAGGAUCAUCUCCUUCCUUUUCGCGGCGGAAAGUUUUCAAAAUCAAAUACACUUAUGAUUGAUGAUGAGCCCCACACUGCUCUUAUAAAUCCUCCUAAUACAGCGGUUUUUCCUCCAGUUUUCAAAGUUGGAAAUGGCAAAGACACAUUUCUUGGUCCUAAGGGUGAAAUGCGGAACUUUCUAGAUGGUCUUGCUGAUGCAGAUGAUGUUCAAACGUAUGUGAAAGAACAUCCCUUAAUUGGACAACCUGCGAUAACCACCUCUCAUCCUGAUUGGGAUUACUAUGCGAAGAUAAUUGACCGUUUUGUUGGCAUAAAAAAAAAAGAAGCAUCUAAAGUUAUAGUCAUUUGAGAUGUUACUUGCCUGUGGGCUACAAAUGAUAUAGUAGUAAUUAUAAUAAUGUGUAUCAUUUGAGAUUUUACUUGCCUGUGGGCUACAAAUGAUAUAGUAGUAACUAUAAUAAUGUGUAUAAGUUUGCCUGUUAAGCAGAAAUUCAGAACAUUUCGUGAAGUUUGUAAUGUGUUGCCUGUUGAAAAGAAUUUUAUCCAAUCCCGUAAUUGCUCUUUA